AUGAAUAAGCGAAAGCAACCAAAUUUUUAUGAGCUCGUAAAAAUAAUAUUGAUAGAUAACAUUCAAGAGCAGAUGAGAAAAAAAUUCUCUGUUAGCAACAGCGGAAAAGAAAUAUUUAAUAAAGGAUGUUUAAUGUUUAUUUUAAAAUGUUUAUUAUUGAAACAAGAACGAAUAUCUUGGUUUCAUUCUGUAGAUAACCUGCAUUUGGUUAUUGACAUUCAAUUCAAGCAUGACUUCGCCCUAAGCAGUAGACCAGAAACAAUCGUUGGUAAUGUUCCCAAACGAAGAUCAGAAACUCUUUGA